AUGAGUGCUAUAGAGCUCCAAAUUAACGAUGACCACCCUUUGGCCUUGGAAUUAGCGAGUCUGCGUGCGGCGAUCAGCCGGUACCAGCACGAAGCCCACGCAUCCUCAGUCAAGCUCCAGCGGCACUCGCUCGAGACCGCCCACGCACUCGAACGCGCGCACAUCCUCGAGCGCGAAAAUGCCACACUGCGCGAAGAGCUAGCGACAUUGCGCGCGCAUCCCGACGCCGCCCCGCACCCCGCGGCGCUGCACGCGAACGAGCUCACGCUCUCCCUGCGGCGGCUCUCCGACAAGCUCACUGCGACCGAGGAGAUGCUCCUCGAACGCACAGCUGAGCUCGCGGACGCACAGGCCGAGGCGGCGAGGGCGCGGCACGAUGCGGAGGCGGCGUACGAGCUUGCCGCGACGGGGCGCGCGAGGCAGGAGGAGGGGAAGGCGAGGGAGCGCGAGCUGGAGAGGAGAGUGCGGGCGGCGGAGGAGGAGCGGCGGAUGACGGAUCUCGUCGUGCAGGAGUAUGCCGACCUCGUGCGCGCGCUCGAGGGUCGCAAGAGCUCCGUGACGUCUCCUCGUGCGCAGAGACGCGUGGCAUCCGACGACGGGGGCGGGAGCGUGGCCUCCAGCUCGUCGGUCACACUCGUCGAGUCGCUGUCGGAGGGCAAGUCCGGGCUGCACAAAUUGCUCAGCGAGUUCUACGCGGAGAACGAGCGGCUGGAGGCGGAGGUGCAGAGGCUGCACGGGCAGCUGAGUCUUGCGGAGGCCAAGCUGAAAGCAGAACACAAGGGAGGGGCAGAUGACCGCGCCGCUCUGGCUCGAGCACGCGCCGAACUAGACAGGCUCAAAGCCGACGACAAUGCCGCAGCGAAAGUAGUCUCGCGAUACAUGAAGUUCUCCCAAGCAACCACCGACAACCUCCAAACUGCGCUCUCGAACCUCAAAGCGCGGCACGCCGCAACCCUAUCCUCCAUGGACCUCGAACUACAAACCCUGCGUAAAUGCCUGCUAGACGAGAAACGCCAAACCUCGCGGCUGCGCGCCGCGCUGGACGAGCUGUCGGAGGACAUCUCGCGCGAGACCUACGGGCGGCGCCGGGAAGUCGCGCUGCGGCUUGCGCUGCUCAGCCGCGAGGAGAGCAUCGUCGAGGGGCUGAAGCGCUGGUCGAGAAGGACGCAGGAGCUCCUCGCGCGCACGGCGCUUGCGGACCCGGGACAGGUGGAGGGGGCGUUUGACAAGAUCCUGAGGAGCGCGGCGGCACUGCUGGAUUCGGUGGAUGGCUCGCCCCAGCUGGAGGAGGUGACACCGGCGAGCGUGGCGCGCAUUUUGGCUGCACAGGAUGCGGUGAAUACUAUGGUGAGGGAGCUGCAGGUGGAGACGGAGAGGAGAUUGAAAGCGGAGAGGAAGGCCGCGAAAGCGGUUGCGGAUGAGUCGAGGGUUGGGCUGGAGAGCGCUGGGUUAGCUGUCCAGGAAGUGCGGGAUCGGGGGGUGUCGCCACCCCCUCCGCCUCCCCCGCCUAAGCAUGAAGAAGAGGCGGAAAAGCUGGUGGACGCGCCUAGAAGUGUUCAAGUUACCGUGGACUCACCCACGACUCCCAAGCUCCUUUCGUUGCCUACCGUUGCUGACGGACCCGUCCAACCACAGCCAGACGACACUGAUACCUCUGUUCCUCCGGCCGUUGUAGAAGUCUCCCAGAGUAUACCCGCCACUCCUGCGACUCUAGCCAGUGUGAUGGACCAGGAACCGUCCGAGGCUACACCAGACCUCGUCCCGUCUUCCUCGUCUGUCUCUGACCAGUCAUCUACUCUAGUACAGACCCCACCGCCCCCAAGUAUGGAGGAUACUUCAACCUUACCUGAGUCGAGCAAUCUACUUGGGCUCAAGGAGCCCGACGUUGUGCCGCAGGAGGUCUCCUCUGUGCUGUUACCUGCACCGGCUGACAGUGUGGUCUUCCCGUCGUCAGAGGAGAGUAAUGAUAUUCCGAAAGCGCUGGAUAUUACGGUUAACCCCGCGAUUUCUGCCCCAGAGCCUUCGCCUGUCAGCUCUCCUGUGGCAGAGGAGCCCUUUUUGGAGAAAGUUCAGUUCCCUACACAGGUCGCAGUUCCUACUCCACCUCCCUCAUCCCCUCCCGCAGACCAAUCAGCCCUCACCGAGCUCCUCAGGGUGAAAGACCGCUAUGACGACCUCCAGCGCGCCUUCCGUGAAUGCCACCAGGCACUCAGGGAGCUCAAAGCCACUUUGUCCUCCACUGCGACCUCCCCGUCCCCGUCCCUCCCGGUCUUGCGCACUGCGCUGGAGCGGCUCGACGACUACAACGAAGACACCCGCGUCGAGCUCGAGAUCCGCGUCGCGGACGAGGAGCGCGUCGUCCGCGGGUACGAGACGCUGCUCACCGUCCCGGGCGCGAUUGCGGGGGAGGGCGAGCGGGAGGCGGUUGAGAAGGAUGUCAGGGAGUUUGUGGAGGGCAGCGGGCAGACUGCGAGGAGGGAUAGAGAACAGUUUGCGAGGAAGCUGGAGGACCUACAGCAUGACAUCGCCGUGUUGAAGCGCGCGGCGCACGAGCUUGAACUCAUAUCCACUCCGCCCGAAACCUCUGCGUCGCCCACCGGCUGGGCGAACUGGACGUCUGGCCUGCUCGGGCAGGCGCGCUCCUCGAGUCCAGCGCCGACGUUCGGGUCGGUGAUGACGAGCCCGCGGCUGCGGCAUACGUCGAGCUAUACGCAUUUGCAGGCGGAGGACCCGUUCGCGGGGCUGGGUCUGCGCAUUCCUAUGCCGUCGCAUCUGCCUUCGUAUUUGGGCAACGUCAAUACUGCCCCACCGCGGAUGGGGCUGGGCCAGCCGCCAACGACGAGGGUGCGUACGACGUCUGGGCUGACGGGGCUCUAUGCGCUCGGGCUUGGGUCACGCAGCUCGUCGGUAGUGCUCCCCCCGGUGAAUCAGCGUCCAGGUCAGCAUCAGCGGGGCGGUUCGACGGGGCGAUUCGGGGGGGAGAGUGCGGCUGAGUCGGAGGCGGAGACGGAGACUGAGGGCUCUGACUCUGACUCUAAUGGACAGACUGAUGUAGAGUAG